CGCGCUGCCUCCUAUGCCGAGCUUUUGGCGUCUGGAAAGAGAGACGAGGCAUGGUGUAUCAGCCGGGAUGAGCUCCACAGAAGACGUAACGAUGGCUGUUGUGCCCCGCGAACUCACUCAGAACCCUCUUCACAAGAUAUGGAUGCCGUGCAAGAAUGGUUUACCAGAAAAACAUACUUAUCAGAGGAGAGUGUGUAUGACAAACUGUCCGACUCUCAUUGUCAUGGUGGGUUUGCCAGCGAGAGGAAAAACCUACAUCUCCAAAAAACUCACACGCUACCUGAACUGGAUCGGAGUACCCACCAAAGAGUUUAAUGUAGGGCAGUACAGGAGGGAGUGUGUGAAGAUCUACAAGAACUUUGAGUUUUUCCGCCCAGAUAAUGAAGAAGGCCUGAAGAUCAGAAGGCAGUGUGCUUUGACGGCACUGAAUGAUGUCAGGCAGUAUCUGAGUGUGGAGGGCGGUCAAGUGGCAGUGUUUGAUGCUACAAACACCACACGGGAGAGGAGACACACUAUCAUAAGAUUUGCUGACCAGAAUGGGUACAAGGUGUUCUUUGUUGAGUCUGUCUGUGAAGACCCAGAGGUCAUUGCUCAGAAUAUUGUGCAGGUGAAGUUGGGGAGUCCUGACUAUAUUGACUGUAACACUGAGGAGGCGAUUCAGGACUUUAUGAAGAGAAUCAAAUGCUACGAAAACUCUUAUCAGCCACUGGACGAAGGCCUAGACAAGGAGCUGUCAUACAUUAAGAUCAUGGAUGUGGGUCGACGGUACCUGGUGAACCGGGUCAUGGAUCACAUUCAGAGUCGCAUCGUCUACUAUCUCAUGAAUAUUCAUAUCACUCCACGCUCUAUCUACCUCUGUCGCCACGGCGAGAGCGAACUCAACGUCCAGGGACGGAUCGGCGGCGACUCUGGCCUCUCACCACGAGGCAAAGAGUUUGCUCUUUGUCUGGGCCGGUUUAUUCAGGAGCAGAACAUUCGGGAUCUGAAGGUCUGGACCAGUCAGAUGAAGAGAACCAUACAGACUGCAGAAGCUUUGGGUGUUCCGUACGAACAGUGGAAGGCACUCAAUGAAAUAGAUGCUGGCGUGUGUGAGGAGAUGAUGUAUGAGGAGAUACAGGAGCACUAUCCUCUGGAGUUUGCCCUCCGAGACCAGGACAAGUACCGCUACCGCUACCCUAAAGGAGAGUCUUAUGAGGACCUGGUGCAGCGUUUGGAGCCUGUGAUCAUGGAGCUGGAGCGGCAGGAGAAUGUUCUGGUCAUCUGUCACCAGGCAGUGAUGCGCUGUCUCCUCGCCUACUUCCUGGAUAAAAGUGCAGAUGAGCUACCCUACCUAAAAUGCCCUCUGCACACAGUACUAAAGCUUACUCCAGUGGCAUAUGGCUGUAAAGUGGAGUCAAUCUCUCUAAACGUGGAGGCGGUGAACACUCACAGGGACAGGCCUGAGAACGUCAACAUCUCCCGCUUGGCAGAGGAAGCCCUCCAAACAGUCCCCGCCCACCAGUGACCCUCGGCUGACCUCAGACACGUCGCCGGCAGUCCCGUGUCAGGCUGCCUGUCGAGUCAGCGUCUCUCCCCUUCCCUCUCUCUCUCGGUGGUUUACCGAAGGAUUUUGUUUUUGUUUUUUUGCAAGGCUAGCAUGUUUUUAUUUAGUGUUUCAUCUCCUAGCAAUUAUUGCAUACAUAACUGGAAUCCAGUUCAGUGAGAAUGAACCCUGCCGUUUGCGUGUGUGCGUGUGUGUGUGUGUGUGUGUGUGUCAGUGCUUGUGCAUGACACUUAAUACAUAUGAUACAUAUCAAAGGAAUCACAGCAGACCACAUGUAACUUUGGUGAUCAGGUCUUGUGUAAUAUGACUGAGUGAGUCAGUGCUGGGAAUUUGCUAAUGAGUACGGAUGCAUAUUACAUUUGUGUUUUUCUGUCCUUGACAUGAGAGCCUGGAUGUCAUUUCUGAGUUAGAUUAUUGGUAUUAGAGAGUGUGUGUGUCUCUCUGAGUUAAAUGCUGCAGUUUGAAAUUGUUUUGAAAGCCAAAGGUUUACUGAGUCUUUGCUGUUCUGUAACUGGGCGUGCGUGAGCCCAAAUCCAGAUAAAUCAUGUUGUUGUUUUUUUUGUUGGUUUUUUUCCUGUUGUCACAUAUUUUCUACACAUAUUUUACAUCUAAUACUUUAUUUGACCUUUAUUUGACCUGCUGGAGUCCCUGUUACAGCGGAGAGCUUUCUGUCCUACUGUCUGCUCUAUCCUGCAUAUCUCUGUUUCUCUGAAUCCUGUAAUCCAGUGAUCCACAGAUAAAUAACUACAUUUUUACAUUGUUUUUCUGCUCUCUCUCUCUCUCUCUCUCAUACCUGAGAAGUUACUGUGUGGAUGAUGAGCAGAUACAUUCAGGUUAAUGGAUGGGGUUU